GAAUAGGGCUUGCCAGGAUGGGACCCUCCAAACUGCGAGUUCCAGGCCAUGGGGAGGUGGUUCACACGGGGUGGCUGGCCUUGGAGCCUGGGAAGUCACCAGCUUGUCACCAGCGUUCAGUCCUUUAGCUUACUUUGAUUGGGCACCUACUGUAUGCUCUUGGCCAAUAAUCACUUGUUUCAUUCAUUCAUUUCCCUCAUUCACCAAACACUGGGUCAGUCAGCCUGUGACCAGCCUGUGCUGGCUGGUCCCAAAGACCCAGGGAGGACCCACUCUCAUCGUCCCUGGUCUCCCAGGACUCCUGUUCCAAGGGGAACCCACAUCUGGGAAUGUGACCCAGGGUGCAUGCCUGCUAGUGCAGGGAUGGGGAUGGGCAGGCACAGAGGCUCCAGAAUCCUCAAGCUGUGCCUCUUAAAAGUGGACACAAACAGGCAGAGUCCUUUCCGACUGUGCGGUCUGUGGCCUUCAUGGCAGGGUGGUAAUGAACAGCUCCAGCUGGGAAUGCAGUGUCCUCAAGACAGACUGGAUCCUUCUACACCCUCGCUACUCCAGGGCAUCACCUGGGAUCUUUAGAAAUCUGAGGCUCCACCACAGACCUGAGGCAGAACCUGCACUUUAAUGGGGUCUCAGGGUGACUCGUGGGCACAUGAGAAUCACCCUCAGAGUGUUUUAAGAAAUCCCCAGGCUCAGGGCACCUGGCUGGCUCAGAGGAGUAGGAGUCUUGAUCUCGGGGUUGUGAGUUCAAGCCCCGAGUUGGGUGUAGAGGUCACUUAAAAAAAAAAAAAAAGAAAUCCCCAGGCUAGGGCCAAUUAAGUCAGAAUCUCCAGGAGCUUCCUUCCAUCCUUUCGUAAACUCCUAAAGCUAUUUCCAUGUAUAGCUAAAACUUGUCAGGGCUCUGCGCUCUCCCUUUGUGUCCAAAGUCACUGACCUCCUGCAGACCAAGUCCUGUGGUUAGGGCUCGCCUCUAUCUGGCUGGGCCUCACACCCCCACAGCGCUAGUUCGGCCCACCCCCUUCGCCCCCUCUUCACUGCUCUCCCUGCUGUCUCCAUUUUCUCCCCUGGCCCUCAGACUCCCUCCCUCGCCAGGGUGGGGGAGGGCAAGGCCUUAGCUACUACCCACCCAACCCACCCACCCCCAAAUCUGCCAUCCCAGCUGGGCCCUCUGCCCCCCACAGCUGUCCACGACCCAUGUGACAUCUGCCCCUAUAAUAGGGAAGUCCUGCUCAGAGCUGAGACUCUGACAGUGGGGAAGUGUGGAAAUGAGGCAGGCAGAUGAGGAAACGAGCCGGCAGAAGGGCCUCACCCAUCAUGCUCUCCGAACCCCUGAGUCUCCUGGCCCAGAGCUGACCAUGCCCCUUACCCCCAGAGAACUCCCCCUCCCAGGGAGGCCCUCAGGGCCUGGCACGGAGUCCUCCCUGGAGACCAGAAGUCAGCCAGCCCCCAGAAACACAAACAACUGGUGGCCACAUUGGGCAUGUGCUCACAGCCGAUGCACGAAGCAUGGAGACCAUGGAGACAGUAGCAGGCAGGACAGGAACUCAAGUGCCAGGCAGGAUCUGGGGACAGGCAGGGGCUGUCUCCGCCUCCUUUUCUUCCUCCUGUGUCCUCCCCACCCCGCCAGCAUCCCCCACCCCCGUGGGGCCCGGGGAGCAGAAGCCACAGUCACUUCCUGAAGGCACCGGCCCAGCUCAGGUCCCACUUGCCCUGUGGCCCAUCACCCGCCUGCAAGCAUGGGGAGCCAUCAGGACUUCCGGAGCCUUCAAGCAAAGUUCCAGGCCUCUCAGCUUGAGACCAGCGAACACCCCAAAAAACCCCCGAAGCCUGAGUUCAACAAACUUCUAAAGAAGUUUCCACCACCUGAGCUAAGCGAGCACCUCAGGAAGCCCCUGCAGCCCAACUGCACUGAUCUGCCCAGGAAGCCCCCCAAACCUGAGCCAAGUGAACCCUCCAAGAAGUUCCCACAGCUCGAGGCCCCUCAGAAAGCUUUGCAGCCUGAGCCUGUGGCCGGCCACCCUGCCAAGCCCCCGCCAGAGCCCCAAUCCAGCGCCUUCCCCAAGAAGCGCCAGCAGCCUGAGCCCAAUGAGGCCACCCCAAACCCCUCCCAGCCUGACUUCGGUACCUUUCCCAAGAAGCCCCCGCAGCCCGAGUUCAGUGUGCAUCCCAGAAAGCCCCCACAGCCUCAGGUUGGUGGCCUCCCUAAGAAAUCUCUGCCACAGCCUGAGUUUAGUGAGGUCCCUCAGACACCCCCCUUGAAGCCUGAGUCCAGCGAGCCCCACCCCCACUCCUCCCAGCCCGACUUCAGUACACUUCCCAAGAAGCCCCCACAGCCCGAGUUUAGUGUGCACCCCAGAAAACCCCCGCAGCCUCAGGUUGGUGGCCUCCCUAAGAAAUCUCUGCCACAGCCUGAGUUUAGUGAGGUCCCUCAGACACCCCCCUGGAAGCCUGAGUCCAGUGAGCCCCACCCCCACUCCUCACAGCCCAAUUUCAAUGCAUUUCCCAAAAAGAUCCCAGCCCCUCAGCUGAAUGACCUCCCCAAGAAGCUCCUGCACCCUGAUUUUGGUGACCUCACCAGGAGGUCCUCAGAGCCUGAAGUCAGUGUGUUUCCCAAGCGGCCACGGCAGUCUGAAUUCAAAGCACCCUCCAAGAAGCCCCUGCAGCCUGAGCUGGGGAGCCUCACCAGAGUGUCCUCGGAGCCCGAGUUUGGCCUGCUCCCCAAGAAGUUUCUGCAGCCCGAGUCCAGUGCUCUGCCCAAGAAGCACCUGCACGCUGAGUUCUUUGGUGAUCUCCCUAAAAAGCCCCCCCUUCCUGGCUCUGUUUCAGAGAGCUCACUUCCCACUGCUGUCACAGCCUCCCGCCCCAGGCUCCCACUCAGCCCUGGCUUUGGAGCCAGGCAGCAGAGGUCAGGAGUUCCCAUUCACAGUGGAGGGUCGAGGCUGGGCCUCAAACCCAGCUACCCACCCCGGCGGAGGCCUCUGCCCCCAGUCAGCAGCCUGGGACCCCCUCCAGCCAAGCCGCCGCUGCCUCCUGGCCCCAGGGAUGUCCAGAACUUCCGGAGAGCCACAGCCGCAGCUCUGAGGAGGACCCGUUCUUCUGCUGGGAUCCACUCCCAGGCCCGACAGACUAAAGACAUCCCACAGGACCAGGACGAGGCCUACGAGCUGUAUGACGACGUGGAGCCCACGGACAGCCCCAGCCCCAGCCCCAAGGGCAGAGAUGACGUGCCAUCUACCCAGCAACCUCCCAGGCCACCACAAGAUCCAGAACUCAGGAAGGAGAAGGCCCCCCAGCCACAGCAGUUGCCACCCACAGACCCAAAGACCCUGAAGCAGAUCCGGAAGGCAGAGAAGGCCGAGAGGGAGUUCCGGAAAAAGUUCAAGUUUGAGGGGGAGAUAGUGAUUCAGACAAGGAUGAUGAUCGAUCCCAACGCCAAGACACGUCGUGGGGGUGGCAAGCACCUGGGGAUCCGGCGUGGGGAGAUCCUGGAGGUGAUCGAGUUCACCAACAAGGAUGAGAUGCUGUGCCGGGACACCAAGGGCAAAUAUGGCUACGUGCCCAGAACAGCUCUACUGCCCCUGGAAACGGAGGUGUAUGACGAUGUUGGCUUCUGGGGCAUGUAGAUGCUCUGGGUAGGCUGGAAGGGACCAGAGACCCUCUGGAGAGCCGACCAUCCCCCCGGAAACGGUAAGGCCCACAGGUGUGGGUACCCAGGACAACCGGCCAGCCCAGCCACCCACUAACCCAGGAGUCUUGGAUCCCAGAUUGGCAGUCACAGAACCACCCAGGCUCAUGCCUGCCUACAUACAUGAACCACAUAAAGCUUCUACUGAAAGUGA